AACAAACUUGGGACCAAGGAGAGACGCGGGCCCAGGGCACCCUCGCAGCGGACCCGGGCACUGAGGGCCGGAGGCCGCAGGCCAGGGCAGCGGCGCGGCGGAUGCGGCAGGGACCUGCGUGAGGACUCCCUGAGCCUCGCGCGGGCCACGAGUGAUCCUCAGGAUGCCUCACAACUCCAUCAGAUCCGGCCAUGGAGGGCUGAACCAGCUGGGCGGGGCCUUCGUGAACGGCAGACCCCUGCCCGAAGUGGUGCGUCAGCGCAUCGUGGACCUGGCCCACCAGGGCGUGAGGCCCUGUGACAUCUCCCGCCAGCUUCGCGUCAGCCAUGGUUGUGUCAGCAAGAUUCUUGGCAGGUACUACGAGACUGGCAGCAUCCGGCCUGGGGUGAUAGGUGGCUCCAAGCCCAAGGUGGCCACCCCCAAGGUGGUGGAGAAGAUCGGGGACUACAAGCGACAGAACCCCACCAUGUUUGCCUGGGAGAUCCGAGAUCGGCUCCUGGCUGAGGGCGUCUGUGACAACGACACUGUGCCCAGUGUCAGCUCCAUCAACAGAAUCAUCCGGACCAAAGUGCAGCAACCAUUCAAUCUCCCCAUGGACAGCUGCGUGGCCACCAAGUCCCUGAGCCCAGGACACACGCUGAUCCCCAGCUCGGCCGUGACGCCCCCGGAGUCACCCCAGUCUGACUCUCUGGGCUCCACCUACUCCAUCAAUGGGCUGCUGGGGAUCGCCCAGCCCGGCAGCGACAGCAAGAGGAAGAUGGAUGACAGUGACCAGGACAGCUGCCGGCUGAGCAUCGACUCCCAGAGCAGCAGCAGCGGGCCCCGCAAGCACCUCCGCACGGACGCCUUCAGCCAGCACCACCUCGAGCCCCUUGAGUGCCCCUUCGAGCGGCAGCACUACCCGGAGGCCUAUGCCUCCCCCGGCCACACCAAAAGCGAGCAGGGCCUCUACCCGCUGCCCCUGCUCAACAGCACCCUGGACGACGGGAAGGCCACCCUGACCCCUUCCAACACACCCUUGGGGCGCAACCUCUCGACUCACCAGACCUACCCCGUGGUGACAGAUCCUCACUCACCCUUCGCCAUAAAGCAGGAAAGCCCCGAGGUGUCCAGUUCUAGCUCCACCCCUUCCUCUUUAUCUAGCUCCGCCUUUUUGGACCUGCAGCAAGUCGGCUCUGGGGUCCCCGCGGGAGCCUCGGUCCCGCCCUUCAAUGCCUUUCCCCACGCUGCCUCAGUGUACGGGCAGCUCGCGGGCCAGGCCCUCCUCUCAGGGCGAGAGAUGGUGGGGCCCACGCUGCCCGGAUACCCACCCCACAUCCCCACCAGUGGACAGGGCAGCUAUGCCUCCUCUGCCAUCGCAGGCAUGGUGGCAGGAAGCGAAUACUCUGGCAAUGCCUACGGCCACACCCCCUACUCCUCCUACAGCGAGGCCUGGCGCUUCCCCAACUCCAGCUUGCUGAGUUCCCCAUAUUAUUACAGUUCCACAUCGAGGCCGAGCGCGCCGCCCACCACCGCCACGGCCUUUGACCACCUGUAGUCGCCAUGGGGACAGUGGGAGCGAAGGAGCAGCAGGAGGACCGGGUCGGGGGCGCCCGCAGAGAGUCACAGAAAGGAAUCUUUAUUUAUUACACGAAAACAAUCACAAGUCC